AUGGAGGAAUCUAAAGCGGCGCUUCUGGAGAACCCAAACGUGAUCUUCGCGCGCACACGCGACUGGUACAAUGCAUGGCAUUUAGCAGCUCGGGCGGGUAACAUGGAGAUGCUGGAUAUGCUGGGGCAGCACGGCAAGAAGGGCAGCGCCACACGUAAGCCCAUUCCUGGGGAGCCUCCGCCGUACAGCGCCAAAUCCAAAAAGGGGCAAACACCGCUCAUGCUGGCUUGCGAGGAGGGGCACACGGAGUUGGUGCUUUGCCUACUUUUCAUUUGCAUGUCCUCUAAUUCCCGCAUCCCUCCUCUCCCUUUCCUGCUACUGUAUUUCCCGCUACCCUCUCCCAACCCCCAACUCCCAACUCCCCCGGUUCCCCAAUGCGUUAAGGCCAUGCUGGCUCUCCUGAACCACGGAGCAGACGUUCUGGAUAUUGAUUCGUACGGCAACACGUGUGUUCAUUACGCGGCGUAUCGAGGACAUGUCAAAAUUCUGGAGCUCCUGCUUGCGCGGGAGGACGCCAGCGGCCGUGGCGACAAGAACAAACGCUACACCGACCUCCGCAACGAGGCGGGCCUUAUGCCCCUCCAUUUCGCCGUUUGGGCGGGCAAGCGAGAUGCCGCCUCCACACUUGUGGCCGCCAAGUGCCGCCUCAACGCGACCAGCCACUCGGACAGUUUGGGUUUGGUGACCUGCAACGCGGGGUCCACCGCGCUGCACCUGGCGGCCAUGAGGGGCAGCUUGGAGAUGGCCACGUUCCUCAUGGAGACCUGGGCUACGGCGCGAAGCGCGCUGCCUUCGCGGUCUGCGAUGAUGGUGGUGAUGGUGGUGAUGAUGGUGGUGAUGGUGAUGGUGAUGGUGAUGGUGAUGGUGAUGGUGGUGAUGAUGAACGCUCAGCCGCAACGCAAGAAGCCCGUCAAGGACCCCCGGACGCUGUCCGAUCACUACGGCUUUACACCCCUUCAGGAGGCCGAAGUGGCCACGUACCGAGAAGAGCGAAGCAGCGUGGAUGCAGGUUCCGCGGGUGCUGCUGCUGCUGCCGCUGCGGCGCCGACGGCGGCAGCGGUUGCGGCCACGGAUCCGCUGGCGAUGACGGUGCCGCGGCCCGCACGGCUGUCACGUGGCGGCGGUGGCGGCGACGACGAGCCGACGUUACGCGAUGAGUUGGCAGCUCGGCGGCGCGCAGAGGAGGAGGAAGAGGCGGCGGCGGCGGCGGCGGAACGGGCGGAGGAGAAGGACCGGGCGGCGGCGGCGCAGGCGGCGGCGGAGCGUGCGGCGGCGGCGGAGCAGGCUGGGUUGCCGCCCCCCAGGUACGUAUGCCCCAUCACCCUGGCCGUCAUGGAGGAGCCGGUGACCGCCAGUGACGGGGUCAACUACGAGCGGUCGGCGCUGGAGAUGUGGCUGGAGCUCGGGAACGAGGAGUUCCCGGGAAGUGGGGUGCGGAUCAGCAGCCGCGAGAUGACCCCCAACAUGGAAUUGAAGACCGAGAUCGCGAAGUGGCGAGCAUUUAAGCUGUGAUGAUGUAACUGACUGUGCUUUCUAACUGCCAUUGUAUCUCUGUAUGUGUGUCUGUGUGAGGAAGGGCAGGGGAGGGAGGACGCUGGGGUACUAGUGUUUUGUCCAGGUUGAGAAAAACGUGAUGGGGUGCAUGUAUGUGUUUGAGAGAGAGAGAGAGACACACAGAGUGUGUGAUGUGUGUUUGUGUGUAUCGGUUACAUAUCGAUCCGGGCCUGACGGGGGUAUGUGGGGAAAGCUGUCAAGCUGAUGUGUGCACAUGUAUACACAUAUAUGUAUGUAUGUAUUUUGCGUUGUAUCUGACUGUUCUCCUGACCGGGUCUUACUGACCAGGUACUACAGACUGACCAACUGUGUGACACUGUGUGUGUAUGUGUGUGUCCUUAAAAGCCCAAACACCGAGGGGCGUGGUGGCGAUGCAAUGGCGACGGAAUGAGUGCUAUGUGAGUGUGUCUCUUUUUUUGGCGCCCAUUUUACUUUUGUUUUAUUGGAGUAUGUAUGUAUGUCUGAUGUGUGGGACAGGGGGGUCAUAACUUCACCCUGCGG